GGAACGUACUUGACCAUGAAACAUUUCUCAUAUCGCUUGUACACAUUUGCUGAGAUAAGCAAUAAACAAGGCAUUUUAUUUUUAAUUUUUUUAUCUAAUGGUAUAAAGUAGAAGUAUAAUAUCGACAUAAAAAAAUAUGAGCGAAACUUUGCAACUUAGAGGUACCCUUUUGGGUCACAAUGGAUGGGUAACGCAGAUAGCAACAAAUCCCAAAUUUCCCGAUAUGAUAAUAUCAGCAUCAAGAGACAAAUCUAUAAUUAUAUGGAAAUUGACACGUGACGAUACACAAUAUGGCGUACCCCAAAAACGUUUGUACGGUCACUCUCAUUUCAUUUCCGACGUUGUACUUUCCAAGGAUGGAAAUUUCGCUCUUUCUGGUUCUUGGGAUAAAACACUUCGUUUAUGGGAUUUAGUUGCGGGAAAAACUAUAAGGAGAUUCGAGGAUCAUACGAAGGAUGUGUUGAGUAUUGCUUUUUCCGCUGAUAACCGUCAAAUAGUGUCCGGUUCGAGAGAUAAGACCAUUAAAUUAUGGAAUACAUUAGCAGAGUGCAAAUAUACGAUACAAGAUGACGGACAUGCCGAUUGGGUGUCGUGCGUAAGGUUCUCCCCUAAUCACGCCAACCCCAUAAUAGUAUCCGCCGGUUGGGAUAGGGUAGUCAAAGUAUGGAAUUUGACUAAUUGUCGUUUGAAAAUCAACCAUUCCGGUCACACCGGUUACUUGAACACCGUAACCGUUUCGCCUGAUGGUAGUUUAUGCGCCAGCGGUGGUAAAGAUUGCAAAGCCAUGUUAUGGGAUUUGAACGAUGGUAAACAUUUACAUACCCUCGACCAUACUGACGUUAUUACCGCCAUGUGUUUCUCACCAAGCAGAACGUGGCUCUGUGUUGCCUUCGGACCUUCGAUUAAAAUCUGGGAUAUCGAAAGCAAAAAAAUGAUCGAGGAAGUAAAACCGGAAGUCGUGUCACAAAACGCCAAAGCCGAACCACCCCAAUGUUUGUCUUUGGCGUGGUCCACAGAUGGACAAACAUUAUUUGCAGGUUAUUCCGAUAAUAUCAUAAGAGUUUGGCAAAUGAGCAUAUCUAAUUCUUAAAGACAAUUUUUUUUUAUAAAAUAAAGACUGAAAAAAAUUGUUUUCUACUUUAAUUUUGAUAGAUUCUAAAGCUUGUUAAUCUUAUGAUAAUAAAUUGAUUUUUAUAUUGA